AUGCAACCCCACCCGCAUUGCGGAACUGGAAUCCCCACCGAAUAUUCACGCCCUCCUCUGCUCCCUUGCUUCCGUCCGUCCCUAUCUAUCCACCCACCCGUCAGGCCCUCACUCCCUUCCCGUCUGUCUUCGUGGUACGCGACGCCCCGACCCCGAUUCCGCCCUUCAUUUCCCUCUCGUCUUCUCCUCCUCUCUCCCACGGCGAGCAGAAGCAAUAGGUGGUCGAUCGAGCCUCGCUGUAUCACCAGCGCGGCGCAGGAGAUCGAGAUGGACCCACCGCUACCGUCACCACAAUACGCCCACCGCCGCCGCUGCAGCGAGUACCUGCUCGCGCUCGAGGAGGAGCGACGAAAAAUCCAGGUCUUCAAGCGGGAGCUACCCCUCUGCCUCCAGCUCGUCACGCAGACUAUUGAGGGGAUGAAGAGCCAGAUGCACGGUGUCGGCAGCGAGGGGACGGUCAGUGACCACGGCCCUGUGCUUGAGGAGUUCAUGCCGCUCAAGCCCAGCCUCUCGUUGUCCUCCGAUGAGCACGAGAGCGCCGACGACGCUGCCGCGACCAACGAUGUCGGGAAGAAAGAGAAGGCGGCUGAGACACAUGGCAGGCAGUCGCCACCGACGGAGGCCAACAAGGCGAUGCCUGACUGGCUCCAGUCUGUGCAGCUCUGGAGCCAGGAACCCCAGCAGCAGCCAUCAUCCCCGCGCAAGGAGCUGCUGUGCAAGCCGGUGGCUCUGAACACCAGGAAGGCCGGAGACGCGUUUCAGCCAUUCGUGAAGGAGAAGCGCGCCGAGAUGCCGGCCUCGCCGACCACGGCCGCGGCGAGUUCGGCGGUUGUCGGGGACAGCUGCGAUAAAGUGGCCACUGAUACGUCGGAGAAGCACAGCGACAAAGAGAUGAACAAAGACGCCAAAGACAUGGGGAAAUAUAGCAAGGAUAAAGAGGGUCAGUCGCAGGCGCCCAACCGGAAGCCGCGUCGGUGCUGGGCGCCGGAGCUCCACCGCCGGUUCCUGCAGGCGCUUCAGCAGCUCGGCGGAUCCCACGUGGCGACGCCGACGCAGAUCCGGGAGCUCAUGAAGGUCGACGGUCUCACCAACGACGAGGUCAAGAGCCAUUUGCAGAAGUAUCGUCUGCACACGAGGCGGCCGAACUCGACGACGGUGGUCCAGAGCACUAGCACCAGCGCAGCGCAGCCCGCGCCACAGUUUGUCGUGGUGGGAGGCAUCUGGGUGCCGCCGGCAGAGUACGCUACCGCCGCCGCUGCAGCAUCUGCUGCAGCAGCGGCACAGUCACAGGUGCAGCUAGCCGGCGACGCGUCAGGAACCGCCAACACGGUCUAUGCACCGGUGGCGACGUUGCCAUCUGGAACGCGGCAGGGCCAGAGGCAAUCGAGCAGGUGCUCGGGUGGCCGGCGUAGCGGUGACGCUAGCUCGGACUCACCGGCCGUGUCAUCGUCGUCGCAUACCACCUCUGCCUAAACGGCUCGCCACCUUUGCUUGUAAUUUUUUUUGUAGAUACAACGGUACAGACUACAGAGAGAUACGUAAAUCUGAGUGUGCUUUUAUGGUUCUAGCUUACUGCUGCUUGAAUCGCAAUCCAUUUUGUUGAGAGAACGAGGGUAUCCUACCGCGAUUUCCAUGCCUCCUUUCUGUUUUUAGAGUAAAUUCACUGUUUCUAUUUAACUUCUUUUGGUGCAUUGCACGAUCUGAAAUACAGUACAUUGUUUGAA